CGUGUUCUUGUGUAACCUUCUUCAUAAUUUCUGAACUAUCGCUAUUUUUUAUCUAUUCUGUGAGCUGUUGAAGAAAAUGUGUGAUGUGAUGUUGUUCUGUCUGUGUUUGUGGAGUCUGUCUGGUGUGUUUUGUGAGUUUGUGUCAGUGACUGAAGGAGAAUCUGUCACUUUAUCUAUGAAUCUCACUGAACAUCAGAGGAAACAGGGAAUCUCCUGGACGUUUGGAGCUCGAGGAUUUCUCAUAGCAGAAAUCACCAGAGGAAACGGUAAAGUCAAGACAUAUGCAGAUCAAGCCGGUGGAAGAUUCAGAGACAGACUGAAGCUGGAUCAAACUGGAUCUCUCACCAUCACAAACAUCACAGCCAACGACUUUGGACUUUAUGAAGUGACCAACACCAGCACCAACGCCAAACUCAAUACAUUCAACGUUACUGUCUACGCUCAUCUGCCGGUUCCUUUCAUCAAUUCUUUAUCUCUAGAAGGACUAUCAAGCUCAAAAUGUGUGUUGUUGUGUUCAGUGAUGAAUGUGUCACAUGUGAGUCUCUCCUGGUACAAAGGAAAGAGUUUAUUGUCCAGCACAAGUGUGUCUGAACACAUCAGCAGCAUCUCUCUACAUCUGGAGUGUCUGGAUGAUUCUUACACAUGUGUGGUAAACAAUUCCAUCACAAACCAGACUCAACAUCUCGCUGCUGAUGUCUGUCACAAGUGUUCAGGCCUGUGCAGUUGUGGAUUCACUGUAGCUGUGAUCCGAUUGGUCCUCUCUGCUCUGGUGGGCGUGGCUACUGUUGCUGUAAUGGUUUUCGACGUCAGAUCCAGAAGAAAUGGACAGAAGAUGGGAUCAGACAUUCAGUUAGCUGACCAAUGAAUCUAUUAGUUGUAUCAUCAAUGUGUUUUCUCUCGCAAUAAUAUUUUUUUAAAACAGCUGAACUUUUUGUUAUAGUUGUGAUUUCUGUGCCCUAGCCUAGCAGUAGUAAUAGUGCUUGUCAAUGUUAAAAGGUUGACCAAUCAAAGAGAGUUUAGAGAAUUAUAGCCAAUCAAAUAACAGAGGCCAAGCAAAACAGAACUUAAGCCAAUCAGACUGAAGAAGAUAGACGUUUAAGCCAAUUAAAUAGAAGACAGAACUUCGGCAGUCGGACGCUAACAGAAACAAAACGCAAAUAGUUUUAAUGAUGACUGUGUAGCAGUGAUAUGUGGGAAGGCAAACAUAAAAAAGCCAAAUGUUUUAACAAUUAAGAUGACAAAAUGUUUAAAAUGAUUUUAGAGAUGCAAACUACAUAACUUUUGUGCACUCUGCUGUUUUAAAUGAAUGUUAUACGUGUAACGCGCAUUCGACUUAACAUGCCAAACAACAUAACCGAUAACGUUAUCAGUCAAGGCUUAUGAUAAGACUGUGUAAGAUAUAUGGUGGAUUUAAUUAAAAUUGAAGAAUUCAGUAGAAAACUAUUUUUGUCAAAUCUUUAUGAAUGUAGUUUUAUUCAAACGUAUUGAAGCUCCUAAGUUAUCAAGCCCAAAUACUGAAUGUUUUCUCUCUCUUCUCGGUUCAUAAUCCUAAAUGCUCACUUUUGUCUAGACUUGUAUGUCGAUUUCAGUCUUCUUUGGUGUAAAACAGUAGUCGAGUCACACCUUUUUUUUGCAGCAUUUUAAUUUGUUCUCUUGUCUAGGAAAUUAUUCAUAGUAUUUAAAACAGGGUAAAACUUGAAUCUUUGUUACAUGUCACGGUCAGUAAAGUGUAAUUUACAAACAGUUCAAAAACAUUACCCUACAUUACAAUGACAUGUUCAGGCAGACUUUUAUAUAAUUCUGAUGUCUGUUUGUUUCUUAGGCCUUUACUGUUUUAUGGCUUUGCCAUAAAUCCUUAGAAGAUGCUUGGAAACAUUUGUUUCUAUAGUAUGGUUGUAGUGGAGUAGGCAGGGCGAGACCGUGGUUCGAGACCGGUGAGUAAUUGUUGAUGAGCGCCAGCUGUGCGCGUACCGGUCUCGAAUCACGUAGGAGAUUGGGGGCAUAUAAGAGAACGAGCAACCGGACGGUCGAAGAUAGAGGACCGGGCCUGAACAUGUUUUACGUUUGUAUUUGUAUUUAUGUUUCAUGCGCCGGCCGUCGACCGUGAGGGGCGGCCGGCUGUCUUUUUACUUGUGUUAUUAUUUGAUUAAAUGUUAUAAUGUCUGCCGGUUACCGCCGCCUUCCUUCCUUUUGUUGAACCAUGCUACAGUGGUGUUAAAGCAAGGUUUGAGCAUUAAUAAGCUGGUUCAUGUAUCAUGUGUUUAACCUUCUUCCUUCCGGCAUUCGUUAUAGUAUCCCGAUUACUAAAACAAAUCGAUUUAGACAUUCAUUGAUCACCUCAGCUGUAAAGUUUUUAAAUUUAAGGUAAGAACUUUUUAGGAAGGAAAUGGAUUUGCUUUUUGUAUUGUGUUUUUGUUGU